AUAUAAUCAUAUAUGUGUCAAAAUAAAACAAUUUUUAUAACUAUAUCUGAUCCACAUAAUUUAUUGUGAAAAAAUCAAAAACUGAAAAUUUUUUUUUGUAUACUAGUUCCAAUUUUUUUUCUUGCUCUUGUAUGUGAUUCCUCCAAAUAUAUCGACCAAAUAAAUAUACCCCUACCUUUCGUCCCUUUCACUUUUAUUGGAUGUCAUCUUGGUAACAUUGCACAGUGAUCAUCACAAUUCGACAAAUAAAAACAGUUGUUUUGUUAAAUUGAUAAAAAAAAAGACGAUGGAUAGAAUUAAUUCUUGUGGUACGAAUUCAUCGAUGAUGGAUAAACAAUUUGAAAAACAACCACCGUUUAAAUUAUGCUUUUCCAAAGAUAGAUUGCUUGGCAAAUCAAACAUACGUGUAUCGAAAAUCAAUGGUGAUUUAAUCACGCCAAAAUAUUAUUCGAAGUACGAGACUACGCCAGAGAAUUUUAAUGCGAUUGAUACGCAUGAAAGAAAUACAGAACAGAAGGAAAAUAAUUGUGAUUAUAGAAAAAGACCAACUAUACUUACUAGUUAUGCAUACGGAUGGUGGUAUGAACAGGGAUUACGACCGAUUGAAUCUCAACUCGAUUUUCGUAAAAAAACAACAGACUUAAUAAAUUUUGGAAUACACACUAAUAAUGCGGAAAAUCGAAAAUUUAGAAAUUUAAAGCAAUAAUGUAAAAGUAUCUUGCAUACGUAUUUAUAUGUUUGCUUAUUUUAUUUUCUAAUUUAAAAUGUGUAUUCAUUCGUCUAUUAAAAGUAAACAAAAAUUAAUUAUAUAUGCAAACU